AUGAGGCCAGUGUCCCUGGUGCUGUUCCUUACCUUCACUCUGCUGGCUUUCAGCGCUGGCCACAUCCUACCAGCAGAGGGGGAAAGCAGGGAGCAGAAAUUGUGGGUCAGGGAGGGAAGUUCAGCCGUGCUGCCUUGCCAACUGAGUCCCAGAAAGUCAAGGAAGACUUUGAAGCAGCUGCCUGACAAGACAUCUGUGCUGUGGAAGCGCUACGGGGGAAGUGUCCACCAGGAGCCACAUGUGGUGCUGGAGGUGGGGUACUCAGGUCUCCAGAAGACAGCGCUGCCCAUGAAGCGCCGGGUGUCACUCCAGGACUCUGCCUUACGCAAUGGCAAUUUCUCCCUGCGGAUUGACCCAGUCCGGAGCAAUGACGCUGGGCUGUAUGAGGCAUGGGUGGAAUACAACACAGAGGUCCACAGCUGCCAUGUGGAGCUGGGAGUAAUUACAGUAACCCUCAGUCCACCCAAUCCUGUGGUAGAAAAUGAGCCGCUCUUGAUGAGCUGCAAUUCCAGCCACCAGGCCAGCCUUGUGGAGGCAUGCUGGUUCCACAAUGGGCAACUGGGCCCCAGCUUCUGCUCCUUGAGCGGGUCUCUCUCCAUCCUCCGACCAACCAUGGCUGAUGCAGGCUCCUGGCGCUGCCAGCUUCGAUACUCUGAUAACAAGAUCAUUUCUGCCACAUACAACCUGCAAAUUCUAGGUUUUGAUGGCCCAACCAACCCUAUGGUCUAUGCUGCAUCUGGCUCUGCAGCCAGUCUACCAUGCAGCCUGAGCUACCUUCCCAGUGCCUUUGGGAAGAAUGUGGUGAUAGCCCACUGGAGCCACCUUGCACGAGGACACUUGCAAGACUGGAGCAUCUCCCAGACACUGAGCAGCAGAAGCUUCCCCCUGAAUCUCCCUGCAGUGGGGCUAGGUGAUGCAGGACAGUACCGCUGUGCUCUCUCCAUUGGCAGCAAGACAAUCAGCAGGGACGUGACCUUGGCACUGAUUACAGUGACUCCAAGCAUCCAAGGACCAGUUGCUGAGGGGAGUCGCUUGCUGCUCAUCUGCAGCCUCACACAUCCUCAGGGACAUGAACGUUUCCAGUGGAAGCAACUUGGCUCAGCCCCUACUAAGAGCAAACUAGCUGUGGCCACCCCCCAUAACCUGGAGGACCACAGUUCCCAGAUGGGACCUACCUUGGAAAUACUCCAAGUGUCACAAAAGGAUAUGGGCACAUGGGAAUGCAGUGUAUAUGGCCCAGAAGGCAGACUGGGAGCAGUGGAGUAUGGGCUGCAGAUCACAGGUGCCCAGGUCUCCAGCUCUUCUGCUAUCUUCAGUGGGCAGGUUACUUUUGGGCUCACACUCACCCUCUUCCUUCUGCUUGCAGUCUGUGUUCUGGCUCUGGCCCUACAAAAAAGGGUAUGGAGUCCUACCUUCCCAGCACUGGAAGGGAUGUUUGCAGUCACUCAGCCAUGGAAGACGAUGGAAGAAAACCAGAAAGAGAAGAUCCAGCAAACUGAGUGUUGA